CGCGCAAAAUCCAAGUAACCGAUUAAGCGCGAAACCAGCAAAAUUCACUUCCCGCCAUUUUCGAGAGUGCUCAAAUGGCAAUGGCAAUGGCAAUUGCAGCGCCAAACCCUCUCUCACUCUCUCUCCCCCUCCCUCCCUAAAACCCACCAAUCAGCGAGAGAUUACAUCUCAGAAAAAAUGGAUCUCUCCGACAUAGCAAGGAAGCUCGACCUCUCCGACUCCAAGCACGUCAUCCGACGAGCCGCCGAGCUCCGCCGUCUCUGCGACAUCCAGUUCGACUCUUCCAUAAUCGGCGUCGGCGAGGUUUGCAAAGCUGUGAUUUGCUUAGAAAUCGCCGCCACAAGAUCGGGGCUCCUAUUCGAUCGGAAAAAGGCGAUAAUGUUGAGUGGGAUGUCUGAAAAGGCUUACACCAGAUCCUACAAUUCGAUGCAGAAUGGUCUCGGGGUCAAGAACAAGCUGGAUGUCAGAGAACUGGCAAUUCAGUUUGGGUGUGUUCGGAUCAUUCCCUUUGUACAGAAGGCUUUGUCUCUUUACAAGACUCGGUUUCUUGCAUCGUUGCCAGCUUCUCGGCGUGCAAGUGCCGAUUUCACUCGACCUGUGUUCAUUGCUGUGGCAUUCUAUUUGUGUGCGAAAAAACACAAGUUAAAGGUAGACAAGCUUAAGUUAAUUGAGCUUUGUGGUGCAUCUGAAACUGAAUUCUCUUCCGUUUCGACUUCCAUGAAGGACUUGUGCUUUGAUGUUUGUGGGACUGAAAAGGAAAGGAAAGAUCCCAAGGAUGUGAAGGGGAACCGAGAGCUUCUAGAUGUUUUGCCAGAGAAAAGGAAACUUGAGGAUGGUGGCUAUUCUUCCGAUGAAGGAAACGAGCCUUCGAGUUACAAGCGGCACAAAAAGAUGGAAAAGCAUGCCUAUGAGGGUUGGAAAACCUCAGUCCUCACAUCUAAUAAAGAAACCAAGGCAAAAGUUCUUUGCAAGCGGACCAGACAGACUAGCCUAAACUUUUUGAAGGAUGUACACGUAUCCGAAACUCAGAACUUGGAGGCUGUAUAGGAUGAUACAUGUUUGCCUUGUAUCAAUAGAAUUUUCAGCUAUUUUUUUGGUUGCGGAUGGCCAUUGCUCGUUGAGUAUCUUGGGUUGAUUUAUUUCACUCAUUGGAGCUUUGCAAUUUUUUAUUUUAUUUUAUUAUUUUUGGAAACCAUAAGAAUGCUCGUUGCCUAACACACAAGAUAAACUAGGACCGCUCUUAUGUUAGAUGAAACCAACAUUGUGUCGAAAUGAAUCAAAAUGUAGAGAAUUUCAUAUUUUUGUGAG